AGACAACCGUCCCAAAAAAUUCCAUACAAUUUUCAAUGCAGGUUUCAAUGCAGGUUUCAAUGCAUCACUACCGAUUGGAAGCUUUCACUACAUCAUUUUCUAUGCACUUCCACCACUGCAAUGGCCGACUCAAUGUUCACAUAGGAAAGCAGAUUCAUGACCGCGAGUAUGCGCAUUGAAGACUCGGACGGUGUUUGUUGCAAUGCUUUCCCUUCUAAAUCAUGACGUCAAGAUACCGUCUUAGCCUCUGCAGUGAUGGUCAGUCAAAGAUCUCUGUUUCUCGUCCAAGAAAAAGAUUCCAGCAUCAAGCCAUGUCGUCCUCGAAUACUCCACCACCGUACGGUCCUGCUGUCCACUACACGGCCAAACAUCUCUUUUUCUACGGCUAUGAGCUCCAAUUGCCCGAAGCACGCUUACAGAACUGGUAUCCUGCAAGUUUUACCGAUCCCAAUAUUCCCGGCGUCCGGUUUCAGACUGAGCGAGCAUUACAUCAUGUAUCGCAAGGCACUUGUUAUGGGCGACACCCCUACGGCCAGCAAGAUCGCCAGUGCUGCCACACCGAGGGAAGCAGGAAGGCUGGGGCGUGAGGUCAAGAACUACAACGGAGAAAAAUGGAAGCAAGCUGUGAACGAGGUGGCUGAGACGUGCAACUACCUGAAAUGCAGCCAGGUAGAAGAGUGUCGGCAGGCACUGCUCGAUUCGGGAGACAGGACUCUGGCGGAAGCAAGUCUAGUCGAUCGGAACAGGGGCAUCGGCUUCCGGGGUGAUGAAGCGGAGAACAAAGAGGACGAAUGGGGAAGAAACCUACUCGGAAAGGCAUUGAUGAAAGUUAGGGACCGAUUGAGGAUGGAGCGACAAGACGGGGAAGUGUGAGGCUGCGCAGCCAUUUCGCUCCUUUCUUAGCUUUCUCUGUGGCAGCCGCCGGCGUCCAGGCGAUAUCAUGCUUCUCUGCUCUGCGGACCGGCUACCGUAUGGUUCUUGCGCUGGGUAAUCACCGGCCGAACAUGGUCGUAGAAUCCGCAUUGAGGGCGAGAAAAAUGACCAGGGCUAGCCAGGGUUUUGAUCGUCAACUCCCGUCCAGAUUGACCCUUUUGGUAUGUAAUCUGCUCGUCCAUCCCGCUCUGGUCCUUUUGGUAUGUCA